AUGGCGGAGGGGCAGGUCCUGGUACUUGAUGGUCGAGGCCAUCUCCUGGGUCGCCUGGCGGCCAUUGUGGGCAAGCAGGUGCUAUUGGGCCGGAAGGUGGUGGUCAUGCGCUGCGAGGGCAUCAACAUCUGUGGCAAUUUCUACAGGAACAAGUUGACGUACCUGGCCUUCCUCCACAAGCGCAUGAACACCAACCCCUCCCGCGGCCCUUACCACUUCCGGGCCCCCCGCUGCAUCUUUUGGUGGACUGUGCGAGGCAUGCUGCCCCACAAGACCAAGCGUGCCCAGGCUGCCCUUGACCACCUCAAGGUGUUUAACAGGAUCCCACCCCCCUAUGACAAGAAAAAGCGAAUGGUGGUUCCUGCUGCCCUCAAGGUUGUGCGUCUCAAGCCCACGCAUAAGUCUGCCUACUUGGGACGCCUUGCUCAUGAGGUAGGCUGGAAGUACCAAGCGGUGACAGCCACCCUGGACGAAAAGAGGAAGGAGAAGGCUAAGCUCCAUUACAGAAAGCAGCAGCAGCUCAUGUGUAGUAACUGUUAAAUGAGAAACGAUUUUGUUCUGUAAGCC